AGAACCCUUCGCUUUCAUCACUUUUCAUCCCUUCUCGUGUUUUAGGGUUCGGUGUCCUAAGAGGAAUUAAAUUCAUGGCAAAUCUACGUAUAUGUUCGCUCGUGAGCUUUCUUCCCGAAUCACCAAGAAUUCACAAGAACUGCUGUAAGCUAGUGAUCCUACAAUAACAAAUUCGAAGCUCUUCGUCUAGAAAAUCUAAUUUCGGCCUGUACUAACAGCGAAAGAACAAAGCAAAUCAUUUGGUGCUUCUGAUGCGUUUGGUUUCAAAACUUCGAAGGAAUAAAAAACCGGUUCUUCUGGGUACAGGCGCGCCAAUGCUGACAUGGCAGGGGCAUUUCUUAUAAAAAAAGGAAAAAAAAAAAAGAGAAACGAAAAAUACGAAAAGAAUACUGAGGUCUCAGCUGCCAUUUUCAUCUUUCCCCCACCGUCUCCCCUCCGUGGCUUCUGCUCCUCCUCCACAGGUACCUCAGGUGGCUUCUCCCCUCCUGCUCCUCCUUCACUGAGGUCCCAGCUGGAACCCUAUUUUCGCCAUUUUCAUCUCCGCUGCAGAUUGGCGGAUCUCCUCCGCGACCCACCUCCUAAGCAAGCCUCUCAUGGUCGUCUCCGUCGGUCCCCCUUUCUUGCAAGCCUCUGCCAACAAGUUGUAUCUCGUUCUCUAGAUCUCAGUCUCUCAGAUUCACGCCGCCCCUUCACGGCAUCUCCAUCUGGAUAAGCCUCUAUCUCACAGUCAUCGCUCUGCCUCUUUAAUGGAUCCGCCAACGAUGGAGAGAGGGGAGGAGCACACAUCUCCUAUAACACCUCCUACCGCAGAUCCAGCAACAAAUCCAGCAACACAGGUGAUACCACUUGGAUCAACACCUCCUACUACAAAUUCAUCAACCAAUCUAGCAACCCAGGUGAUACCAAUACCAUUUUAUCCGAAUUUCUCAAACUAUAUGCACGGUUGCCAUCCUCCAAUGCCACAUGCGUGGUUACCGCCAUUUGUUCCUCGUCCUGAUGCCAACCCAUCUACAUGGACUAGUCAGGAAAAUAUGCUGCCCUCAUUUCACUCUUCAGUUAACCCUUCAAUUGGUUUACACUCUGCAAGUUCAAGCCAUGUGGAUGAAAUUCAAAAUGCCACACCUGACUCUAGUGAAAAAAGUAUGUCUACGCCCUCUGUGCAUACUACUGUUGAAUCCAAAGAUGACGAUGAAUCCGGGACACAAAAUACUAUGCAUGCUGAGGGAGCCGAUAUCAUUGAGGAGCCGAAGUUGGGGAUGGUGUUUAAAUCUGAAGAAGAAUUAGUUUCUUAUUAUAAAAAAUAUGGGAAACAAUGUGGUUUUGGGAUAAUGACACAAAGAAGCCAUAGGUUUGAGGAUGGAAGGCUUAGAUAUGUCACAUUGGGUUGUGCUCGUGGUGGGAAGGCACGAAACCGGACGUCAAAUGUCGCGAGACCACGUCCAACAUCCAAGACAGACUGUAAGGCGAAGAUAAAUGCUACAUUCGUUGAAGGGGUGUUUAAGGUGUUGACUGUUCACAAUUCCCACAAUCACGGCCUAAGUCCACAAAAUUCGAGGUUCUUUCGUUGCAGUAAAGAAGUGAGUGAGCCUGUUAAAAGAGUGUUAAAUACAAAUGAUCAUGCUGGCAUCAGAAUGAACAAGAGUUUCGCCUCUCUUGUGCAAGGAGCAGGUGGGUUUGAGAACUUGUCAUUCAAUGAAAAAGAUUGUCGUAAUUAUGUUGAUAAGAUAUGCAACAUUCAACUUGGGAAAGGUGGCGCUGGAGCCCUCUGUGACUAUUUUGCUAGGAUGCAAUACAAGAAUGACGGAUUCUUUUCACUGAUAGAUAUGGAUGAUGAUGGGCGGUUGAGGAAUGUUUUCUGGGCAGAUGCACGAAGUAGGGCAGCCUACAAAUAUUUUGGUGAUGUCGUCGCAUUCGACACCACAUAUUUGACAAAUAAAUAUGGGGUGCCAUUUGUACUGUUUGUGGGUGUAAAUCACCAUGGCCAGUCAAUUCUUUUGGGUGCAGGAUUGAUUUCUAGUGAGGAUACAGAAACGUUUACAUGGUUGUUUCAGACUUGGUUGAACUGUAUGGAUGGUGAAGCUCCGAAGGCUAUUAUCACAGAUCAAGAUAAAGCCAUGAAAAAUGCGAUUGCACUCGUCUUUCCAAAUAGCCGACAUAGAUUUUGCUUAUGGCACAUAUUGAAAAAAGUACCUGAGAAGCUAGGUUCACAUGACGCAUACAAAACUGGUUUGAAAAGUCAGUUGCUAAACUGUAUAUAUGACCCUCAAACAAUAGAGGAGUUUGAGAAAUGUUGGGAAGUGUUAAUUACGACAUGCAACUUGCAAGAGAAUGCUUGGUUGCAGAGUUUACACACAGAGCGUAUGUAUUGGGCACCAGUAUUUAUGAAAGAAGUUUUCUGGGCUGGAAUGAGUACAACCCAACGAAGCGAGAAGAUGAAUACUUUCUUUGACGAGUAUGUUCAUGCUAGGACAAACUUAAAAGAGUUUGUUGAUCAGUUCGAUAAUGCAUUUAGAAAGAAGAUUGAGAAUGAAAAUAGGGUGGAUAUCCACUUAUUCAACGUCACAAUUCCUGUUGUCUCUGUCUCUCCACUCGAGAAGAUAUUUCAGGACAUAUACACUAACUCUAAAUUUAGAGAAGUUCAGAAAGAAAUAAUAGGGAUGCUUGGUUGUCUUCCAACUCUACACCAGAAGGAUGGUGUAAUUGCAACGUACCAUGUAGAAGAUGAAGUUUGUGUUGAUGAUUUCACCAAGGAGGUGACCCACUUAGUGUACUUUAAUGAGGCUGAAUGUGAUGUGAAGUGUUCGUGCGCCUUGUUCGAGAUGAGAGGAAUAUUGUGCAGACAUGCAUUAACUAUUAUGAGAGUUAACAAAGUUCGUUCAGUACCAAAAAAAUACAUAUUAGAUCGAUGGAGGAAAGACAUAAAACGGACAUACACUCUUAUACGAAGUAGUUAUGACAUAGUUGAUGAGAGACCAGAAGUGUGCAGAUAUUCAUGUAUCAUCAAGAGAUGCUAUGAGAUCGCCACAAAUGCAGCUUCAUGUGAUGAGCAUGCUGAAGAUAUGAUAGCUAAGUUGAAUGCAAUGAACGAUGUCUACCGCACCAGCAAGCCACCCCAUCAAACUUGUUCCAACGUUGCAAUUACAACUGCCGAUACAACUACAGCUGGGAGUUCGAAAAAAGUAUUGAGUCCCCUUGUAGUGACAGGCAAAGGCAGACUGUCAUCGCUCAGGAAAAAAUCAAUGAUUGAGAGAGUCAAACUCACGACGAAGAAAGCUACUCAGAAAGGAAAACGUAAACAGCCGCAUGGAAGAGAUAGCGAAGUUGUUGACACGUGUAGAAAUUUAUUUGGGCAAACUGUUGUUGGAACUCAAGAGAAUGUUUCCGUUCAACUGCCUCAAAACACUACCGAAGUGGUGGACUUUAGUGGAACCGAGUUUGGCUUUGCUGUGAUUGAUGGUCAAGAAAGUAUGCAACUUGAGGUGGAUGAAACUCAGCCGGAUAGUUUGCUUGGGACACAGCCGUGGCCAUGAGUCAAGAUGAUUUAUGGGGUAACCUUGCAAAUGUUAUCAGCACCAUUCAAGAUAACAGGAUCACUGAAGAUGGCUCACAGCAAUGCAAGGCUUGAUGAUCGUUAAGAAAUGCAGUGUCCCAUUUAGUUCAAAAGAUCUUUAGCAGGAACUAGUGAAGACUGGUGUGGUAGUGAAUCAUGAGGAUGUGAUUCCCAUUUUUGUAUUUUUGGAACUGAAACUUAAUAUGCCGAAAUUGUUGAUGGGUUAUAAUUUUCAUUCAUGCUUGUUGAUUCAUGAUCUACUCACCCCAUUAGUACUAUUAAAGUCUCAACUUUUUAGCUGAUCAUUUUGUAAGAACCAAACAGUUGGCAUGCAUGUAGCUAGCUCCUUGUGUACAAGGUGCAGUGCUUGUAUGUGUUUUGGUUUUAACCAUUUUCCAUGGCUCUAUAUUUUUACAUGUUUUAGUUUCUAUCCAAUGGGAAAUAUUAUUGUAUGGACCCA